CAGGUUUACAGAGAAGUUGGUUUGGUAAUAUUGGACUUCCUUCGCUGCUUCUCCUCCGUCUUGCGACUGCCUUUGGAGAGAAGAAGGAACACACAAAGCUCAGAUCAGCUGCGAAACCUACUUCCUGUUUGGGCCUCGAAGAGAGUAACGUGAUUCGGAGCUUCCUGAUUGCUGUUUCAACAUGGAACCCAACAAUGAAGAUAAUGUUUCAUUCGUACCAGCAGCUUCAGUUCCAGGCGUCUCUGCCAUACCACCUCCGUCUUUUCCUCCACCAAUGGCUCCUAUACCACAUCCUCCACUAGCCCGCCCACCUACUUUUAGGCCUCCUCAAAACGGUGGAGCGAAAGCUAGCGACUCGGACUCUGAAUCAGACGAUGAACAUUACGUAAUAUCUGAAGAGAGUAAGCAGGUCAGGGAAAGACAAGAGAAGGCAAUGCAAGAGCUGCUGAUAAAGCGCCGUGCUGCUGCUAUCGCAGUGCCGACAAACGACAAAUCCGUUAGAGACCGGCUCAGACGACUCGGCGAGCCCAUCACUCUGUUCGGAGAACAGGAGAUGGAGAGAAGAGCUAGGCUGGCUCAGCUUAUGGCUAGGCUUGAUAUUGGUGGACAGUUGGAUAAACUGCUACAAGCUUACGAAGAUGACGCGGCUCCGAAAGAUGAAGUGGACGAGGAAGAGCUUCAGUACCCUUUUUUCACUGAAGGUCCGAAGGAGCUUAGAGAGGCUAGGAUUGAGAUCGCUAAGUUUUCGAUCAAGAGAGCUGCUGUGAGGAUUCAGCGUGCUAAGCGGAGGAGGGAUGAUCCAGAUGAAGAUGUGGAGGCAGAGACUAAAUGGGCUUUGAAGCAGGCUAAAGGCUUGGCUCUUGAUUGCAGUAACUUUGGGGAUGAUCGUCCUCUAACUGGCUGCUCCUUCUCAAGAGAUGGAAAGAUACUUGCAACAUGUUCUCUGAGUGGAGUUACUAAACUAUGGGAGAUGCCUCAAGUUACAAACAAGAUUGCUGUCUUGAAGGAUCACAAAGAACGUGCAACCGAUGUAGUGUUCUCCCCUGUGGAUGACUGUCUAGCAACUGCUUCCGCUGAUCGAACCGCAAAGCUGUGGAAAACCGAUGGCACACUCCUACAAACAUUCGAAGGUCAUUUGGACCGUCUUGCACGUGUUGCCUUCCACCCAUCAGGGAAGUACCUAGGGACAACAAGCUUCGAUAAAACAUGGAGACUGUGGGACAUAAACACAGGAGCAGAGCUGCUUUUGCAAGAAGGUCACAGCCGCAGCGUCUACGGGAUUGCGUUUCAGCAAGAUGGUGCAUUAGCAGCUUCCUCUGGGCUUGAUUCGCUUGCACGGGUUUGGGAUCUCCGCACUGGUAGGAGUAUUCUCGUCUUCCAAGGACAUAUCAAACCGGUUCUCUCGGUGACUUUCUCUCCAAAUGGCUAUCACUUAGCUUCUGGUGGUGAGGAUAAUCAGUGCCGUAUUUGGGAUUUGAGAAUGAGAAAGUCGUUGUACAUAAUACCAGCUCAUGCUAACCUUGUGUCUCAAGUUAAGUAUGAACCACAAGAAGGCUACUUCCUGGCCACUGCAUCAUACGACAUGAAAGUCAAUAUAUGGUCAGGCAGAGACUUCUCGCUUGUUAAAAGCUUAGCAGGACACGAGUCAAAAGUGGCCUCUCUAGAUAUCACUGCAGAUAGCUCGUGUAUCGCAACUGUGUCACAUGACCGUACCAUCAAGCUUUGGACAAGCAGUAGCAACGAAGAAGAAGAAGAAGACCAAGGCGGAGAAACAAUGGACGUAGAUCUCUAGCUUCUUUAUUCAUAAUACUUCCGAGAGAGAGAGAGAGAGAGAAAAACUUGGAGUUGAGAGGUUUAGAGAUUAGCCUGCCAGAGAGAAUCUUUAAAUUGGUGUUGUUUGUAGUCAGGAUGAUGAUACAUUGUCUUUGAGAUUUUUGCCACUGCGUUGAACAAAAAAAGCAGAUGACUGAACUUUGUUUCCCUGAAACACUACUUUACACCAUGUUAACAAAAAAAAAAAAAUUACGUUGCUAUAUAGAUUGUACAAGGAACU